AUGGCUUACGUCAUCCGCUUUGUAAAUAAUUGCAGACAUGUUGAUAGAUCAAAAGAUAGUUUAUCCUCCAGUGAACUAAAAGAUGCAACUAACUUCAUUGUAAAAAAUAUCCAGCAAACCCACUUCAGUGACGAUAUUAGUGCCAUUAAACAAGGACAAUUGUGUUCCCCCAGACUCCGGCGAUUGUCUCCUUUUAUCGACCUUCACCAAUCUGGUCUACUCCGUGUCGGAGGUCGACUCAAUCGUGCUCCUAUCGACUAUGAUACCAAGCACCCCCUCCUGUUACCCAAAAAUCACCAUGUAGUAAAUCUCAUAAUCAACUAUUACCAUAAGAAACAUCUCCAUUCCGGUCCUCAGUUGACACAAGCUUUACUUUGCCAACACUUUUGGAUCCUCUCUGCCCGAAGUGUGAUACGCUCCAAUAUACUCCGGUGUGUUACAUGUUUCAAACACCGCCCAACAAAUAAAACUCCUCUCAUGGGUGAUCUCCCUACUCCUCGUGUCAAUCCCUCUCGACCAUUUCUUCAUACUGGAGUGGAUUAUGGUGGCCCGUUUAAUGUCAAGAUUCAUAAUCUGCGAGGCAACAAGACCAUUAAGACAUAUUUAUGUCUCUUUGUCUGUAUGGCGACUAAAGCUGUGCAUCUCAAGGUCGUCACAGAUUUAACCACUGAUGCAUUUAUCGCAUCCCUCACCCGAUUUGUGUCUCGCCGUGGACUCUCUAGUCCCAAUUUUGGUGGACUUUGGGAAGAGGCUAUUAAAAGCGCCAAAUACCACAUAAACCGUGUAAUUGGUGAACAUAUACUCACAUUGCCAGAACUCAUGACCUUGAUCACUCAGGUGGAAGCCAUGCUUAACUCACGCCCCCUAACACCUCUCUCUGCGGAUCCUUCCGAUCUCACCGCCUUGACCCCUGGACACUUCCUCAUUGGUGCCCCCCUUGUAGCUGUCCCUGAAGUGGAUCUCCAGGAUCGAUCAACGUAUUUGGAAACGAUGGCAUGCCGAAUAUUUGCAUACGUUGCAACAACGGGGAAAAUGGACUACUCCUUCACCAGAGCUAAACCUGGUUGGAGACCUCAUCCUACUUCAGGAGCCAUCACCCCCCCUUCAGUGGCCCCUGGGACGCAUCACCGCAACACAUCUCGGAGACGAUGGUAUAGUGCGUGUAGUGGACGUGCGCACCAACCAGGGUACAUACAGAAGACCUGUCUCAAAGGUCUUGUAAUAUAA